CAUCGGCGCGCAUUCCUGGGCAGUGCUCAGCUGCCAGCAGCUGAUUAAAACCAUCUCUCUCGCUGUGAGUGGCUCAGGCCGCCGAAGGCUCGCGCGGGGCUCAAUAUUUAAGCGGAGCCGCCGCUGCGUCAGGGCGCUUGCCGGCUUCCCGUGGCGGGAUCAUGUGGGGAGAGGCGCGGCGCUGAGGCUGGUCAGAGUAGUAUGCCUGUCUGCUGCUAGGUGGAUUCCAGUCACGUUCCCAAGUGCCGCAUUUGCUCCUGGAGUUGAGACUGGCCUCUCUCACCAUGUCGAAUGAAGCGGAAACAACUAGUGGAAACAGUCCGCCUGCCCAGCAACAGGCACCACCAAAAGCACAGCCUUUCAAAAAGGAGAAGAAGAAAGGACCAGAAAAGACAGAAGAAUUUCUCUUGGCCAGAUUUCAAGGUGAUGGUGUAAGAUACAAGGCCAAACUGAUCGGUAUUGAUGAUGUCCCAGAAGCAAGGGGAGACAAGAUGAGUCAGGAUUCAAUGAUGAAGCUGAAGGGAAUGGCGGUAGCAGCCCGUUCUCAAGGACAGCACAAACAGAAAAUAUGGGUGAACAUCUCUCUUGCUGGGAUCAAAGUCAUAGAUGAGAAGACAGGGGUUAUUGAGCAUGAGCAUCCAGUCAACAAAAUAUCCUUUAUAGCCCGGGAUGUGACUGACAACCGUGCCUUUGGCUACGUUUGUGGAGGAGAAGGGCAGCACCAGUUCUUCGCCAUCAAAACAGCACAGCAGGCUGAACCUCUAGUAGUCGAUCUGAAGGAUCUAUUCCAAGUAAUCUAUAACAUGAAGAAAAAAGAAGAGGGUGACAAGCGAAAGAAUGAAGAAGCCAAUAAACCUGUUGAGAAUGGCAGUGAUGAAACAGCUACUGAACGAGCUGACAAAAUAAAGCUGGGUGUGGAGCAGAUGGAUCUGUUUGGAGACAUGUCUACUCCUCCUGACCUGAACAGCCCCUCAGAGGAGGAUAAAGAGAUCCUGUUAGUGGAUUUAAAUUCUGAAAUUGAGGCCCCUCCGACUUCUCUCAAAGAGGAGGAUAUUUUCUUGAAUGACAUCGCGCCUCCCCUACCACUGUCCAAGCUGCAGCCACCUUUCUUGCCUGACAAUGCUUUCUCUGCAAAUCUCAGCUUCUUCCCCACCCCAAAUCCUGACCCUUUCAGGGAUGACCCUUUCACGCAACCCGACCAAUUGUCGCAGCCCCCAAUUGAUUCUUCUUCUCUGAAGCCUCCCAGCCAGAAGAUGGGAAGUGUUGUGACUAGCCCCAUGGGGAGCGGUGGUAUGAAUGGGGAUGUAGACUACUUUGGGCAAGAGUUUGACCAGAUCUCCAACCGAACUGGCAAGCAGGAAAUGCCGGCCAGCCAGUGGCUGCUUGAGAGUAAGCCUGCCCAACUAGCCGCGAGGACUCCAAAUGGGGUGCCGGAGAGAGAACAGAACGGCUUCCCUGCCACAUCCCCAGUAAAUGUCUUUCUGGAGAGCUCUUCCAAAGGAUUACCGGUGCAAAAUGGAUUACGGCUAGACUCCGAUAGCAACGGCCAAUUGAUGUCGCAUGACUCUAUCACGAUUAGCCCACCUCCCCAAAGCACCAAGCCAGGAAGAGGAAGGAGGACUGUUAAGGGUUCAGCCAGUAGUGACCUGUUUGGCUCAGGCAUCUUUGCUCCUGCAACAAGCACUCUGACAACUGCAGUGCCGCCUCCACCUGCACAGACCAAUCCUCUAGACCUCUUCAACACUAGUGCUCCUGUAGCAGCAUCCAUGCCUGUACUAGGUGGCCUUCCCACAACUGCUUCUCCAACACCAGCCUGGGGUCCCCAACCUGCAAUCUUCAACCAGCCUUCUUCAGCCUUUCCUGUAUCUGUUCUGGGUGUUCAGCCAGCAAGCUUCCCUCAGCCUCUUGGCUUUGACGCUGCUCCACAAGCUCCCAGCUGGAGUCAGCCACCAUUGUCCUUGGGAGCCCCGAUCCAGGCUCCAGCUCCCGAUCUCUGGGCUCAGCCUGUACGGGGUCCUCCUCCUAAUGCGUGGGUCCAGCCCUCCAGCACUGGCAACCCUUUCCAGCCCGCCAUAUUCCCACCUCCGCUCGCAUCCCAGGGCCCGUCUCUGUUGCCUACUAGAAGCCCUCCUCAGUUGCCUCCCAGAACUGGACCUCAGAAGGAGUUGCCCAAGAAGGAAAGCGACGCCUUCACUGCUUUGGAUCCGCUGGGUGAUAAGGAAAUAAAGGAUGUAAAAGCCAUGUUCAAAGACUUCCAGCUGGCGAAACUGCCCGCCGUGCCUGCGAGGAGGGCAGAGCAGCAGCAACAACAAGGUCUGUCGGAAGCUUCUGGAGCCUUUGCCAGUUAUUUCAGUAACAAAGUGGGGGUUCCUCAAGAGUUGGCUGACCACGAUGACUUUGAAGCUAGCUGGCUGGCUACAAAAACUGGUGUGCCACCAAAUCCUGUUCUCAGGCCAAACGCUGUGCCAACUGCCAAGCCUGCUGAAGACCUAUUUGAAAACCCUUUCAAGACAGACCCUUUCGCUGUUCCAUCGCUAAACUCGACUGCCGUGCCGCACCAGCUGGCUUCUGCUCCAUUUGGCGAUCCUUUUGGAAACCCGUUUGCGUAAGCUUGAUAGGAAUGAGUGCAAACCAGCAGAGGAAUAACUGGACUGCCCAUGGUGCAAGGAUGUGAUGAAUAACUGGAUACCCUCCCCUGUUACUGUCUUCACUCUGCAUGCAUUAUCUGCCUCAUUCUUCGCCAUCCACUUUUGGAUUGCAGUACGGUGCAAUGAAUCCUUGGAUUGUAGCCAUCGGAAGCCAAGGAAGGAAUCUGCUAGAGACCAAACUGGAAUUGGGUGGUGAACUUCAGCCCAAGUGGAUUUAAGUAACUGAACACUGUGGUGUCUCCUAGGCCUUCAGCCAACUUCACAUUUUGUCAAGGGUUGGAUGAACCUUGGCUGUCAAUGGGGCUUUUAUUGAACUUCCUUCUAGGAUGAGAAACUGCACAGACUAAUAUUCACCUCCACACAAGGGGAAAGAAACAAGAUAUGAAUUCGCAGCACUGAGUCACCUAGAACAUAAAAUGGUCUCUUGUACAUCUCCCAGCCUUAAUUGCAAGCUUUAAAACCGGACAGAACUCAUUUUCACACCCUCUCUGCCUCCAGCAAUGUCAAAGUGAAAACAUGUUUGAAUUGUUAUGAAGAUCAUUCAAUACAAUCUUUGACUUGUAAUGGGGAGGUUCCAAAAUGACUGACUCUUAAUGUCCAUGCAGGCUGGCUGUUGUCAUAGUCGAGAGACACACAAGCAACAACUUGGAAGUGAUUUUUUUAAAAAAUGCAUCUAGUGUGUUGACUAUUGACCCUCUAGCAAGAUUCUUCAAACCAGGGUUGAAAAAGGAUGGAUGCAGAAAUAGAUGGGUGUCCUUAAAAGAAGGGGAUGGGUCCUGUGAAUGUACUAUCACUUGUAAAAAUUGAAAAGCAACUGUACUUGGAGCAAGCAAAAAUUGCAAUCAUGGCAAUCAAGGUUUAGUAUAGCUAGAACUCUAUGCAGAGUGACAAUGCAUUAAAACAAGGGGCUUAAUAACAAACUGAGCAGAACUGAUGCAAGAGCAUUGUGUGUGUCUCCUUUACAGCAUUUAUCAGCGCAAACUUGAAAAUGGUAUCCAUGUUUAAAUGGCUAGGUAAAUGCAUAAUGGGAGAUCUGCUUUCUAGUAAACACUUUGUCUGUAGUGACCUGUUCUGCCGGUGAGUUAUGCAAUCUGCUCUGUACAUAUUCUACUGCACUUUUCCUGUAAUGCAAAACAAAGCUAUCAAUUUAUAUGUAUUUGUCUCUGACUGGAAAUGUAGGAAUUUUUGGAUUGUGUUACAUUGUAAAAAGUAGUCAAAUACUCUGACAAUUAAAUGUAACUUCAUUUCAAAAGUG